AUGGCGAUGCAAGCACCUUUCCGACUCGGUCUCAUCGCUGACAUACAGUACGCAGAUUGCGAUGAUGGCACUGACUUUUCAGGCUGUGAGCAGCGGCAUUUCCGCAACUCUCUGAAUAUUGCGCGGAAUGCCGUCGAGUGCUGGAAUGCCGUCGGCGUGGAUGCAGUGGUGCAGCUGGGCGACGUCAUCGAUGGCUGCAAUGCGAAGAUGAAUGCUAGCGAAACGGCCCUUGCUGCAGUGCUCAAUGUACUAUCCAGGAGCCCAGCACAGCGCUUUGAUCUCAUUGGCAACCAUGAGCUCUACAAUGUGAAGCGGGACUCCAUGACUGCCUCGGGGCUGCGCUGUUUCGGCCCAGACGGACUGACUUAUUACUCGGCGCACCUUGGUGACCGUUGGGAAGCCAUCUUUCUUGAUCCUUAUGAGAUUUCGCUGAUCGGGCUAUCGCAAGAUGACUCGGGCUUCCUCGAGGCGACAGAGAUGAUGCGCCAGCACAAUCCGAACGUCCUCACCGGUGCGAAGGACUGGUUCACAGGCUUGCCAACUUCAAAGCAUCGCUUCGUCCCCUACAAUG